ACAUGUCCAAACUGUGAAGAAGAGAUCCUGUUGAAAUGCAAAGAAUCAGGAACUGAUCCUAGUCUGGCAUUGCUGUCGUUACGUUCUACACCGUUAAGUGCAACACUCAAAUCUCCAGCAGAGCUACUAAAUGGAAGAAUGUUCAAGACAACAUUACCAGUAAAGAUUCAUCCACCAAACGAUUGGCACGAAACCAGAGACUUAUUAUUAACACAACAAAAGAAACAAGUCAAUCUAUAUAACAGGGAUUCGAAAGAGAAGCCAAAUCUCUUUCAAAAGCAAGCUGUACAAGUUCAAGACCCUCUUAAAAAAACAUGGAGUCCAGCGAGAGUAGUUGGGUUUGGACCAACUCCUCGUUCUUAUAUUCCAGAGGAUGAAUCUGGAGUUCAAAUACGGAGAAAUAGACAAUUAAUCAAGCCUGAUAUUCAGAAGACACCUGGACCAACAAGUCCUGCAGCUGUGAAAGAUAACCAAAGUGAAAAGAGAAAUGUUGAGAUACCUGAUCGACCAGAAGUUCGAACACGUUCAGGUCGUAUAAUUAAAAAGCCGGGCAGGCCAAUGUAUAAGUAG